AUGAUAAGAUAAGUAAGGAAAGAGCUUGACGUCCCUUGAAAUUUUGUGUUGAAUUAAGCAUUUUGGUGGAUGUGUUACUUUUAAAACCUAUAAAAUGGACUGGAUUUGAGAUACCCUGUAAAUAUAACAUCCACUAUUCAUCGUGUCGUUUUCUGUAACCUCGCCGAGUAUAAAAACACUUCCGAAGUGCAGAACGUGAUAAUAUUAUAGCUUGAUGCUUCAAGACUCGAAAUAAUUCUGUUAAAAGAAUCAUGUCUGCGAAAGAGUGCUGUGAAAAGUAUGCACACUCGCCGGUACCAGUCACUGUAACACACGGUCCAUAUUCCAAGCACCAUGAUAUUUCGGUGAAAGUUGGCGAAGAAAUUUUUCCGUUGAAUCGCUUACAAUUAGCUUUGGUGUCGAGCUACUUCGAGAAAUUAUUCACCGAGUACUACGCCGAAAAAGACAGCAAACUUGUGGAAAUUGGUGUCAUGGACAGCAAAACAUUUUCUACUAUAGUUGAUAUAAUCAAUGGAAAAGAUCUCGAGUCUCUCAUAAAUGCUGACAACUACGUUUCAUUAUUGAUGGGUAUGGACUACUUGCAAAUGGAAAUCAGGCUGUUCGACUUCAAAUUCUUCAUCGAGCAGUAUGCAGGAGACUUACCCUUCGACCCACAAAUAUUCCAGUUGUUUAGUUUAAUUUGCUGCAAUCAAAGUUACGAAUAUUUGAGAUCGACGAUUUAUACUUAUUUAUUCCAUCAUAUCGUGGAACUUCCGAAGUAUCAAGAAUUUUUCUUCUUACAACUCGACGAUCUUAUAGAUAUUAUUGAAGCUGCACAGCCCAGGUCCAUCAGAAGAACAUCAUCGCUCACCAGAUACUCGAACACUUACGACUACGAGAUGAAUGCGAUUAGUCAAAUGUGUUCCAAAUGGAUUUGUCACGAUGUUGAAAAAAGACGCCGUCAUUUCUUAGCGCUGGUAAAUGCUGCCAAUUGUAGACUGUUCAAUUUUUCCUUUCAAAUAAGUCCCAGUAAUGCUAGCUCGGUUUUGAGUAAAAUGGAAGAAUAUUGCCAAGAAGAAGAAAUUCAGACUUGUUUUUAUCAAUUAUUGAAUUAUAAUGGACAAAUUAUUGAUCAUCCUGAGGAUGAGCAGCCGAGGAAGCGUCGGAAAAGGGGUCUUUUUCCAUAUACAAAGCUAAUGAGAUAAAUAAGGAAGAAAAAUUGACCAAGUUUCUAGAAAACGGAUAUUUACACGAUGUAACGAUUCAAGCUGGUAAAAAAACUUAUAAACUUCAUCGAGCCGUGCUGAGAAGUGCAUCUUGUUAUUUCGAUACUCUUUUCUCUGCUGAAAACUGCGAGCCGGUGGUACAAUCUGAAGAUGAAUCACCAAUUCGUAAAGGUAACAAUGAACUGUAUGUGACAGAUUUUAGCGAAACUGUAUUCGAUGCGCUUGUCAAGUACAUCUAUUUUGACGAUACGGAUAUUUUGUUGAAUACACGUGCAGAAAGUUUGGAAACACUGAAAAUGGGAAAAACAUUGAAAAUGAACGUAUUAAUAAUCGAAAGUUUAUCCUGGAUGGGAGAUAAUGUGGAAACAUGGAGUAUUGAAGAUAUUCUCCAAAUACUAAAUUUUAAUGUAGAUGAUGACUCGUUCAAGAAUAGGUAUUGUGUAAUUAUUUAUAUUUACAUAAAACGAUUUUUAAAUUCUGAAACUGGUAAGAAGUUAACUCGAGAUGAAAUUUACCGGCUGUGGAACGUUGCUGAAAUAUUAAGAUUGCAGGAUUUAACCGAUGCAUGCGUACAGCGGAUGGCAGACGAUCUUCACACAUUGAAUAUUGAAGAUAUUCUCGAAAUGUUUGACGAAAAACUUGGAAAAGUGGUGGUGCGUCGAAUUCUCAGCAAUCUUUAUCGGAAUAAGCUUUCGUUUGAAAAUGCUCUUCUCAUAUUGCGUACUAAUGAAGCAUUGAAAUUUGAAGAAUUCACAAGUCAGUGUAUGAAAUGGAUUACUGAAAACGUGAAGUCGAAAAGUCUGACUGUUGAAAAUAUUGUCGAGGUAUUAAAUUUCAUCGAUGGGAAAGAAAAUUUCGAAAAUGAACGAGUACUAUUUUUAUGCGAGUACAUUGCUGUCGCGUGGCCUGACGUAAACGAAGCUUUGUUCUCUACGAUUUCUUGGCCGAUGCUAGAGAAUAUGCUCGCGUCGCCGUACCUCUUUUUACAUAAUAUCGAUUACCUUCUGGAUAUUUGUGCGAGAUGGGUAUUGCACGACAUAAAGAGCAGGUAUUGUUUGAUACCUAAAAUUGCAAUCGAUAUCAAUCACAAUUGUAUGGUGAAUCUCGAUGAUCAUAAAAUUGCGGAAGUUCCUUCAGAUUUGAAUAACUGCACGCAACAGAUAAUCAGAGAUAAAUUAUGGGAAGUACUUUGUUCAACUUCGUUAGUUCCUCAUUCCGACGAAAGAGAUUUAAUAAUGGAAGAAAAAUCGAUUUUUGUUUUUUCUCUAUUGACUCAGAAUAGUGUUUUAGACAACGCAUUGGAUGAAAUCGCAUCAUUGACGUCGAUCGCUGUGUCUAAUCAGUCUAAUCUAUCGACUACUUUAAUCAGCGGUAAUUUAUUUGUACUUGGUCGAUGUUUCCCCAAUCUCAGAUUACUAGUUUACAAUUUAUCUUCGAAGAAACUUUACUGUCUGGCGGAAAUCCCUCGUAUGGAAACGGACGGCUGUAAUGGAAGUGGUACGAUUCUAAAUUGCAACAACCAAGUGUAUUGUUGCUUCAGUUUAGGAGAGUCUAUGUUGAGGUAUUCCGUCACGUUGAAUCGUUGGGAAGUGACUUUUGAAUCAAAAAGAAAAAUUAAUUCCCGUGAUAGAAAGUGUAUUCUAUAUACGAGUGAUGGAUCAAACCUGUAUAGAGUUUUUAAAGCCAGAAGAAAAUUAGUCGCACAAACGUGGAAUUUCACAUCGCAUUCGUGGACCUCCCUUCCAGAUCUGCCGGAUUUGCCGAACGAAAAUGAAUAUCCUGUGAAAAUCACCAACAUUGUGAAUGGCGUCGCCGUAUUAUCGCAAUCUAUGGUGUAUAUUUUUAAUCGUAAAUCCUGGCGAAAAAUUCUUCUUCCUUUGAGAGACGAGGGGAGUACUAAAAAUGGUUUCUUUCCGCUUAUAACUCAUUAUAAUAGCAGCAUACUGUACGCAUCUGAUGGAAAAAUGUACCAAUUGGACCUGCAUCAUCUGCGAGAAGGAUGGAUUUUGAUGGAAGAUCCAUUGUACGAGUAUGAUCCUGAUUUUAUACAGUUUGUGACCGUUAUUCACCGCAUCUGAGUCGAUUAGUUUUGAAUUAAAACGUGUUCAUCGUGUUCAGCUUACGUUAGUACAAUACGCUGUAUGAUUUAUGUCGUUAUGAUGUAUUAAUUGUAAAUCUACCUACAUAUAAGUUUUUUAAUAUAUCUUGAG